CCUCUACAGAGAGGUGAUGCUGGAGAACUAUCAGAACCUGGCCUCAGCAGAAGUGAAAAUGGACCUUGAGACAAAAGAGACAGAACUUCAGCUGGAUAGUUAUUGGUCAGAUAUAUCAAAUGAGACACAACUGGCAAGAUUAACAAAGGUAGGAAGCCACAAUGGAGGGGAGCUCUGUGACUCUAACAACAUUGGAAAAUUCUUCAGUGAAUAUCCAUGCCUUCAGACAUAUAUGAAUAUUCACAAUACCAAAAAAAUUUCUGAAUAUAAUUGGUAUAGAAAAGACUUGCUUCCUUCAUUCAAGAAAACCUCUACUGAAGAGAAACUUUCUGUGUUGAUUCAAUGUGAAGAAGCCUUUGCUCUGAUUCGAAGCAUUCCUUACCAGAGGGCAUGCAUUCAGGACAGUUCUUUUGAAUGCAGCAGUUUUGGGAAAGCUUUUGAUAAUCGGUUGCAACUUAAGGCACACAACAAAGAUCACAGUAAAGAAAAUUUCUAUGAGUGGGAGCAAAGUAAGAAAGCUUUUACUGAAUCCACAAAUUGUUGUGCUUUAGAGAAAUGCUAUGAAGGUAAGGAAUGUGGAAAAGCUGUCACUGCACAAGCAGGCCUUACUACACAUGUACGAAGUCAUAAAAAGCAGAAGUCUUAUGAGUGUACAGAGUGUGGGAAAGUGUUUGGUAAAUGCUCAGGACUUAUUGAGCAUGUGAGAAGUCACACAGGAGAGAAACCUUUUAAAUGUAACCAUUGUGAAAAGGCUUUUGCUUCUUCAUCCUAUCUUACAGCACAUUUGAGAACUCACACUGGAGAGAAGCCUUUUGAGUGUACAGUAUGUGGGAAAGCGUUUACUCGUUCCUCCUACCUUCGGAUUCACAUGCGAACUCACACUGGAGAGAAACCCUAUAACUGUAAGGAGUGUGGGAAAACCUUUGCUGUGCGUUCAUGCCUCAAUACACAUUCACGAACUCACACUGGGGAGAAGCCUUACGAUUGUAAGGAAUGUGAGAAGGCAUUUACUAGCUUUUAUCAACUAACUGAACAUAUGAAAAUUCACACUGGUGAGAAACCCUUUGAAUGUCAGGUGUGUACAAAAUCGUUUAGGAAUUCCUCAUGCCUUAAGAAGCACUUCCAAAUUCACACUGGAAUAAAACCAUUUCAAUGUAAGGACUGUGGGAAAGCCUUCAGUGGACGGACUAGCUUUACCACGCAUGUAUUGACUCAUACUGGGGAGAAGCCAUAUGAGUGUAAGGAAUGUGGGAAAGCCUUCAGAACAUCCUCAGGCCUUAUUGAACACAUAAGAAGUCACACGGGAGAGAAACCCUUUGAAUGCUAUCAGUGUGGAAAGGCCUUUGCAUCUUCCUCGUAUCUAACUGCACAUUUGAGAACUCACACUGGAGAGAAGCCAUUUGAGUGUACAGUGUGUGGGAAAGCAUUUACACGGUCUUCUUACCUUUGCAGACACAUGAAAACUCACUCUGGAGAGAAACCCUAUGUAUGUAAGGAUUGUGGGAAUGCCGUCAAUGGGUGCUCCUGCUUUAACAGACACAUAAAAACACACAAUGGAGAGAAUCCCUACCUGUAUUAGCAAUGUGGGAGAGCAGUCAUUAGCUUAACAUAUGAAAGCUCAUACUGCUAGGAAGCCUUUUGAAUAUAAGACAUGUACAGAAUCUCUUAGAAAUUUGCAUGCCUUAAGAUGCACUUCUGAAUUCACACUGAAUUAAAAUCCUAUCAAAGUAAGGACUGUGGAAAAGCCCUUGGUGGCCCCACUAGCUUUACUGUGAAUGUACUAACUCAUAUUGGGGGAAAAGUCAUAUGAAUGCAGAGAAUGUCAGAAUACCUUCACUCCUUCCUCACAUCUUUAACAUCUAAGGUGUCACACAGAAAAGAAACCUCUUAACGGUGUGGGAAGGCAUGUUUCCUCCUCAUCUCUUAAUGCAUAUUUGAGAACUCACACUGGAGAGAAGCCCUUAGAGUAUAAAGGGCGUGGCAAAGCAUUUAGGCAUUCUUCCAUCUUUUGUAGUCAUAUGAAUGUGCACCCUGGAGAGCUUCCCAAUGUAUGUAACAACUGUGGGAAAGCCUUUACUGAGCACUUAGCCCUUACUAAACACUUAAGAACACAUACUGUAGAGAAACCCUAUGAUUAUUAGGAAUUGAGAAAGCUUUCAUUGUUCAUACUUCAGUGGAUAUAAACUGUAAAUGGAAAGAAUAUGAGAAAGACUUUACUUAUUAUUCUGAUCAUGUGGAACAUAAUAAUCACAGAGUGAAACUCAUGUAAAGAAUGAGAAAAGCCCAUUAAGAAGUAUUCACGUUUUUGAGCUCAACACAGGUAGUCAGUUGUCCCAGAAGUGGCUUAACAGAUUCACCCACAACAGUACAUCAUAACCAUCUGUAACUCUAGCUCUAGGGAAGAGCUGAUGACUCUGGGUCCUGUGGACACUUGCAAGUGCCUCACACACAGAUAUACACAUAAUUAAAAAUAAAUCUUAAAAUGCAUAAGGACCUUACACUCAAGAUGCCCCAUGAAUGUAAUGAACUUGGAAAAGUUCACAAUCUGGCAAGGAGGAGACCAUAUAAUGUAACAUGGAAACUUUCUUAUUUUCUCAGGCUUUGCAAAGUAUGUGAACAACUGCAAUAGAGCAAAACACUAUUGAUAUGAUAUGUGUAGCAGUUAUAUGCCUGCUAAAUAAUUUAAUGUUCACCUGUGAUCUCACAGUAGAGAAUAACUUCAAGAAAAGAAAUAGUAGCCCUAAAAAAUGUAUUUCACUACCUAUGUUAAAUGUGGUUCACACUGAAUACAAAUUACAUGUAUGGAUUAUGGCAAAUGUUUCCAUAUGUUCUCAAAUCUCAAGUGCUCACAGAGCCAUGGAUUUUAGGUGUUUCUAUGGAUGUACUUGUGAUGUUUUGAAUACUUCAGUGUAUAUGUACUAAUGA